UCCACCAGUGUCACCUCGGCCCCUUCCCCAUCUCCAUCUUCACUCUGCUUUAACUCAUCCCAGCGCUCCAGCCCCACCCCAGGGUCAGUUUUUGCCCCGUCCCGGCCGAGCAGUGUUACCAGGCCCCCGGGGGAUUGGAGGAUCGGGGGCCGGCCUGGGUGGGGUGCCGUGGAGCACCCCCGCGCUCGCAGGGACUCCCCCCAGACCGGGGCCGGCUGCACCCAGGAAGUCUGGAUGCUGAGAUAGAUUCCCUCACCAACAUGUUGGCCGAGCUGGAUGGGGGUCGAGGCCAUGCCCCACGACGGCCUGACCGGCAGGUCUAUGAGCCCCCUCAGCCCCCUGCCUACCGCCCUGGCUCAGGCUCCCUGAAGCUGAAUGGAGGGGGUGUUCCUCCCCCGCUGCUCCCAGCAUCCCCCUAUGGGGGCCCCACUCCAGCCUCCUAUGCCACAGCCAGCACUCCUGCUGGCCCUGCCUUUCCUGUGCAAGUGAAGGUGGCACAGCCAGUGAGAGGCUGUGGCCCUCCAAGGGGGGGACCCUCUCAGGCCUCAGGGCCCCUGCUGGGCCCCCACUUUCCUCUCCCAGGCCGAGGCGAAGUCUGGGGGGCUGGCUAUAGGGGCCACCGAGAGCCAGGGCUUGGGAGUAAAGAGGAGGUCGCUGGGAGCUCCAGUCCUCUAGGAGGAGGAAGAGGAAGUGGGUACGGGCACCAGGGUCCCCUGAGCCAGCCUCCUGAGGAGGAGCUCGAGAGACUGACCAAGAAGCUGGUGCAUGACAUGAGCCACCCGCCCAAUGGGGAGUACUUCGGCCGAUGUGGGGGCUGUGGAGAAGAUGUGGUCGGGGAUGGGGCCGGGGUUGUCGCCCUGGACCGCGUCUUCCACGUUGGCUGCUUUGUGUGUUCUACGUGCCGUGCCCAGCUUCGGGGCCAACAUUUCUAUGCCGUGGAGAGGAGGGCGUAUUGUGAGAGCUGCUAUGUGGCCACCUUGGAGAAGUGCUCCACAUGCUCUCAACCCAUCCUGGACCGGAUCCUUCGGGCUAUGGGGAAGGCUUACCACCCUGGCUGCUUCACCUGUGUGGUGUGCCACCGUGGACUUGAUGGCAUUCCGUUCACGGUGGAUGCCACCAGCCAGAUCCACUGCAUUGAGGACUUCCACAGAUCCAAGACCUUACCUCUGGCCUGUCCUCUUCUCUCCUGCAUCCCACCUUCCCUGGGCUCCGUUGUUAGUCUCCUCCAACCCUGGGGCUUGACAACCCCCUCGGCUCUCUUGUACCCCAGGAAGUUUGCUCCACGAUGUUCAGUGUGUGGCGGGGCCAUCAUGCCUGAGCCAGGUCAGGAGGAGACUGUGCGAAUUGUUGCUCUGGAUCGCAGUUUUCACAUCGGCUGUUACAAGUGUGAGGAGUGUGGGUUGCUGCUGUCCUCUGAGGGUGAAUGUCAGGGCUGCUACCCCCUUGAUGGGCACAUCCUGUGCAAGGCCUGCAGUGCCUGGCGUAUCCAGGAGCUCUCAGCCACCGUCACCACUGACUGCUGAGUCUUCCCAGAAGCACCUGCUGCAUUCUCCCUUCCCAUCUACCACCUUCCUUGACAUCUACUUUUACAACUCUGCCACCAAGUACUGUCUCCUCUUCCUCCAACCAUGAAAUAAUAAUCUCUCAAGAGUUUACAAGACA